AUGGCCGGUUAUGACAUCGUCACGCCACCUCCCUACGCCCUAAGUACCCCUGAUCCCGUCCCCCUCCCCACGUGCGAGCGGUCUUAUGUCGUCGCGUCUGGUGAUUCGUGCGAAUCCGUCGCGUUGGCAAACAGCGUCUCUGUCCACGGCAUCGUCUCCCGGAACGCCCUUGCCGCCGACUGUCGGGAUCUGAGGCCGGGAAGAACGAUUUGCCUCCCUGAUACCUGUACAAUUCACCGGGUGUCGAGGACCGAUUCAUGCUCUAGCCUUGGAGAGACGUACGGUGGCAUCACGCCCCCUGGUGGGAAAAUCGAGGCCGGCUCCGGGGACACAAUAGAUGAAGCAGUACCCGCGCCCCUGAUACUCAUCCGGGUUCGGCCAACAAGGUCUGCGGAAGGUGGUACAAGGUGGUUCUCGAAGACACCUGCGCUCUUGUUUCACCGCAUCUCCAUUGCCCAGCUUCGCGUAUGGAAUCCUAGUCUGUCGCACGACUUGUCUUUGUGCAAGCUCGAACCAGACUUAUUUUACUGUGUUUCCAAAGAGGAGUUCGAAGAACCUCCCUUUGAUGAUGGAUCAACAUUUUGCAUCAGGGAAUAUCCCGUCGACAAAAUCCCGGCUGGAACACACCCCCGGUGCAACUGCUUUACUCUUGUUAAUAGCGAUUUGUAUGGUGAAACCUGCGCAGAAAUCGCGGGAUAUACUAAAGUGGGGCUCAGUCGUCUCCUGGAGCUUAAUUCAUGGUUAGCACCGCCUAAAUCGUGUGAGGAGGAGCUUCUGCGAGAUGUGCAAGAUGUGGAGGACAGCAACGGAGAGAUCCACCGCUUGCUAUGCCUUGGCACAAUAGAUGAAUAUCCAGAGCUGCCGCUGCCUGAUUUUAGUAGCUCUCCAUCAUCUACCUUGGCUAUCCCCAGCUCUACUCAACCUCCCCUACCCGGCACCACCACCACGGCUCCGGGACCCCCGUCCCCACUCAGCCGGGAACAGUAG